CUGCCAUCCAGGGGGGUAGCCCGGAACAGCAAAAGGAGGCCAGCAAUCAUUCCCAUAAGGGCAGUGGCGGCACCCGGGGAUAUAUCGCCAGUAAGAAGAAAAAGUGUCCACCUCCAGCUUUGCACAGGGUAUCAGCAUGGAAGCCAUGAGUGAGAAGAAAAUGGUGCCUUCUGAUUUUAGCACAGGACCUACAGAGAAAACUUGCAAACCUUUGUCAUUUAAGGAUCCCAACUUUGUGCCCUCUGGCCAUGGUGGUAUAGCUGGCAAGAACAGAACUUAGAAGAACUAACAAAUUCUCAUUUCUGAAAGGGCAUUGCCAUGGCAACUGAACAAUUCCAUCUACUUCAGUAUUGAUGCUCCCCUAUCCUUCAAACCAGCUAAGCAUUCUGAUGUUUUAGGUCUUCUUGCCAACUACAGUGACCCACAGAGCAAGCUGCGGUUCAACACCAUGAAAGACUUUCCCUACAUUCGCAGGCUGCCAUCCUAUGUUGUCACUGGCUACCUGGCCCUGAUAAACACCAUAAGCAUCGUUCCCUGAGCCUUGAGAAAUGGAGUUGAAGUGGAAAACUAUUUCAAAGCUAGACUUUGGACUCACAAUUUUGCUUCAUGGAAACAUACUCAUUCUGCUAUCAAUCUGGAAAUGCCAGUGCUAUGCCUUGGAAAGAAUGUUUGGCUUUAAGGUUUUUUUUCCCUAUGUUUUUCCUCCAAGUAUAAUAUCUCCUGUUGAGUUAUAUUUAUUUGUUGCCUCAAGUAAAGUCAUUUGACAAGAAAAUGCCAACAAAAAACCCCCAAGCAUUUGAAUGUUUAUUAUGUGUCAGGUAUGUGGAUCCAAUGCUGAACAUAGCUCAAAUAGAGUAAUGGGGAACAUGGUAUAAAAAUGACUCAGCAUGACUUAGUGGUUGAGUAUCAACCUGAGAACCAGGAGGUCAUGGUUCAAUUUCUGGUCAGGGCAGAUGCCCAGAUUGUGGGCUCGAUCCCCAGUUUGGGGCGUGCAGGACGCAGCCAAUCAAUGAUUCUGUCUCAUAAUUGAUGUUUCUAUCUCUCCUCUCCUUUUUUCUCUGAAAUCAAUAAAAAAUAUAUUGAAAAAAAGAUGAUGGAGAGGUUGAUGGGUGCAUGUCAUGCAAGUUUCAUUUGCUAGGUUAAGUUAUUAAGAAUUAGAAACCUUUGAAAGCUUUUUGGGGUAAGGUGAUUAUAUGUUUAGAUCAGAUUUAUCUUUUGAAAAGAUCAUUCCAAGUACAGUGUGAAGAACAAAACAGACUGAAGAAAAGAAUACAGGAGACCACUAAGAAGGCUCCUAUUGGAGGAGUCCAGGAAGAUACAACUGAGCUUGUAUUGGGGGAUUAAAUGAUGAGGGAAAGAUAUAUUGAUACUCAAUGUAUAUUUUAGGAUAUAAAACAGAUAGGACUGGUUAAUAGAUCAGUUUGGGAGAAGGGGAAUAAAAAAGGGGAAGGUAUCAAUGAUUACAAGAUUUCUAACUUGUGCAACCAGACACACUAACAAAGGAAACACUGCACAAUGGCCAGGUUUAUGUUCUGUUUUGGGCCAAGAAGCUCAUGACCUCUCCUCUCUCUUUUCUAUCUUUGCAUAUGCAUGGAAAAUACUAUUCUGGAUAAGAAAGACUACACUGAAUUAUGAAGAGAAGCUAAAACAAUUCUUAGGUAAUUUUUCAUCCAACUACUGUUAAAGAAAAACAAAAUAAAUUAGCCUUUUAAAGAAGGAAAGCAGUAACAUCUGUGUGUAAGUGUUUUAAAACUUAUACUAACCAAUUCCCUAAGCAGUAAAUAGUCUUCCAUGGAUGAUUCUAACUAUAACUAUCUUCUUAAAAUAAUAACAACAGUACCUCCAUAAAACAAAACAAAAAAUUUAAGUAGAUAAGGGAGAAAAGCUACAAAGGUUAAGAGACAAAGCAGCUGGUACAAGAGCCUGCCUAAUGAAACAUGACUAGAUAACAAAAUCAAAAGAAUAUUAACUUUAAACUCCCAACUUCUCCAUUAAAUUAAUAGUAAUUUAAAUUGUGGCUCAGUUUCUGAGUACUUUCUUACCUGUACUUCAUUCCAAAUGUUUCCAUAAUGUAUGCAAUAACAAAGGCAGCACUGAAAAGGGGGGGAAAAAUUUAGAAAAAAACAACAGCAAAAAACAGAAAACACAACUCAUUAAUUAAAUGUUAGAGAGAAAAAAAUUAUCUCUAACUUCAUACCUCCUGGAGAUCCCUGCAUUUCCAUGGACAAGAACUUUCCCUGAAAAAAAAAAGAAAUAGUUAUUCUGAUAGAAAAAUACAAAACAAGAAGUAAAGAAAACACAAUCUUGCGAACAGUCCAUUAUAUAUAAUUACAACUUUCAUAUCCUGAAUUUAAGAUGAAUACUAACUGCCCUAGCUGGUUUGGCUCAGUGCAUAGAGCGUCAGCCUGCAGACCAAAGGGUCCUGGGUUUGAUUUCGGUCAAGGGCACAUACCUAGGUUGCAGGCUCCUCCCUGGCCUGGGCCCUAGUAGAGGCUUGUGCAGGAGACAACCAAUAGAUGUUGUAUAUUUUAGGAUAUAAAACAGACAGGAUUUCUCUCACAUCAAUAUUUCUGUCUUUCCCUCUCUCUUCCUCUCUCUCUAAAAAUCAAUGGAAAAAUAUCCUCGGGUGAGGAUUAAAAAUAAAUAAGUAAGUAAAUUAAUAAAUAAAAUGAAUACUAACUAAAAAAUUAACUAAACAAUCUAAAUAUAAACAUUAGUUAAGUAAAUAUUAUUUACCUCCAGUUUGUAAGCUCCCAUCAAUAAAUUCUUUAGUCUGAAAGCAAAGACAAUGUGUUAUAAUAAAACAUAUAGAUUAACAUAAACAUAAAAUACAUACAGUGAAACAAAAUAUAUUGAAAACAAUUUCCUGCUAAUUUAUAUGAGUAAUAAUUACAUCAAUUCAAGAAUUUUCA